CACUAUGGAUUCACCGUCCAUAUCUCUGAGGUAUUCUAACGUGACUUUAACGUUACUCGUCUAAUUGUUUCAACCACAAGAAACAUUUGAUUAUAACAUACUACUUUUGGUAAUUUACAUAUUUUCUACCAACAAGAUGUGUUCCAAGAAGUUGAUUUGUUACUUUGCUAUUGGCCUACUAAUUGCGGGUAUAUUUAUGGACGAAGUUGAAGCAAGGCGUAAGAUUCUAAGAGGACGGAAAACGAUUACAAGACGCUAUUACUGGGGAACUGCGAUACCAGCAUGGUCUAUAGUGCUUUUAGUAGGAAUUAGUAUGUUGCUAGCCGGUGGUGGACUCUAUGCGAUACUACAAAAAUUUGUAGUCGAUAAUGCUGAUACUGGAGAAGGUCAUUUGUAUCAAGCUGCAGCGCAAAACGAUGCCUGAAUUCAAAUAUAAAAAUACACAAAUAUUUUAGUUAGCAUUCAAUACAUAAUUUUGUUAUAUUUUGGAAAGAUAGCAUAAAAUUAUCUGCGUAGGAAAAAUUUCGUAUAAACACAAUGCUAAUGUGUUA